AUGCUGUCGCUGUUCAGUGAUGGGCUGAGUACGACAGCCCCAAUGCUCGUCUACAACAUCUACAACCUGGCGGCAAACAAGGAAGUGCAGCAACAAGUCAGGGAUGAAGUCAACAAGGUGGCCAAGCCGUGGGAAGCCCUGACCGAGAAGAACCUCUCACAACUCCCAUUCCUGAAGGCCUGCAUCAAAGAGACAUUCCGGCUGUAUCCUAUUGGCACUGAGAUUUCUCGCAUCAGCCAGCAGGAAUUGACGCUUGGAGGGUAUAAAAUCCCGGCCGGCACCCCCAUCGAUAUCAAUACGAACGUUUUGAUGAGAUCCGAGCGCUUCUUCUCGAAUCCAGACGAAUUCCGGCCGGAGCGUUGGCUCCGCUCCGAGGGAAAAUCUUCCCAUUCGCACCCAUUCGCAUUUUUGCCGUUCGGAUUUGGGCCCAGGAUGUGUGCUGGCCGCCGAUUCGCGGAGCAAGACCUUCAAGUGGUGCUCGCCCGGCUGAUCGCCGCCUUUUCCAUUGAGCAUCUCUACUCGCCAGUCAAACAGGUGUACGAGACGCUGCUGCUCCCCGAGGGCAAUUGCCACUUCAGAUUCACCAAAAUCUAC